UGGCAUUGUUACCGAUUAAUUUAUUUAUAUUUAUGCUUCGUGCACAGUACCGGCGAUUCCGUUCCCGAAUGUGGACUUACAGUGAUUGAUUGUUAACGGUGUUUUUUUGUGAUUCUCUUACAUUUAAUUAGUUGAAAAGUAAGAGAAAAUGGUAUCCAGCGAAUUCUACAUUUAUCCACUGGCGGCGCUCGGGGUACUCGUCCUGUUCUUCUUCCUGCUGGACGUGGUCUGGAGCCUUCUGCAAGUGAGCAGGGCGAUUUUGGCACCCUUCUUCAUACCCAACGAAGAAACGUCGCUGGUUAAAAAAUACGGUCCAUGGGCAUUGGUGACCGGAUCGACGGACGGAAUAGGAAAGGCGUACGCAAUCGAAUUGGGACAUCGAGGCUUAAACAUAGUCCUUGUGAGUCGCAACGAACAAAAAUUGAAAGCCACCGCAUCUGAAAUCGAGCAACAAUGUUCAGUAAAAACACACAUAAUAGUGGCCGACUUUUCUGAAGGAUACAAAGCUGUGGAAAAAGUCAAAAAGGAGCUAGGAAAAUUAGAAAUCGACAUUCUGGUAAACAAUGUGGGAAAACAAUAUGAGUACCCAAUGUACUUGAACGAAGUACCUGAACAAGAGCUUGCGGACAUCAUAAACGUAAACGUGGGAGCUGUAACGUUGAUGACACGUGCCCUAAUUGACGACAUGAAGAAACGAGGACGUGGUGCUAUUGUCAACGUUUCUUCUGGUUCUGAAUUGCAGCCUUUGCCUCUUUUGACUGUCUAUGCUGCCACAAAGUCUUACAUUAAGAGCUUUACUGCUGCCCUUCGAUACGAAUAUGCAAACAGUGGAAUAACAAUUCAGCACUUAGCCCCCAUGUUUAUAAACACAAAGAUGAAUCACUUCAGUAAUCGCCUGCAAAAGUCGAGCACUUUCGUGCCAUCAGCUUCAAGUUACGCCAAAUACGCAGUCAGUACUUUGGGCAAAAUGGACGAGUCGACUGGCUAUUGGUCACAUGGCAUCCAGUACUUCUUCACUAAAAUCCCCCCGGUUUGGAUCAGGAUGUACAUUGGAGGUUACAUGAACCAGACUUUUAGGAAGGACUAUUUCAGAGAACGGGAACAAGUUAAGUCUGAAUGAUUUCGUAAAUUUUAUAAAUUUUUCUAGUCAUUCGAUUUACAAGAAGCAACCACUGCUGUCUUGUAGGUGUUAGUUAACCGAAUUAUGUUUUUAAACUGUGUUUAACAUAAAAUUGUUGUUUUUAUACGUGAAAUCUAGGUUUGUGUAUUUGUAUUUUUGUAAUUAUUAAUAAAACAAUGAAACAAU